UCCAAAAAGAGAAACGCAUGCAACCCAUUCCAGGCGCGUGCUGCUACUGUUUAAGCGUGUGUGUCACCUCCGCCAGCUGUGUGCUCCUCUUCGGUUGGCGCCACUUGUACCCUCCUUUCCUUCCUCGUGCCUAACACCCCGUGCUGAGAAUCCUUAUCGAUAUCUCUCCUAGAAAAGUAAUCACAGCGAAACCUCAUUUCUCUUUCCUUUAAAUAAAGGUCCUAUAUCUGCAUUGAGGCUGGGCGGAAGGCUCUGCAUUAGCCGCGACAGUAAUGGCCAUUUCUCAGCGUGAUGAUCCCCUCGACCACAAAACCCCAUUGCUCCAAAACGACGUCGAGGCGGCCGUUUUGGACUUCAGAGACUCCUCCUUUCAGAAAAGCUCAGGCGGCUGGCGCUCCGCCGCCUUUAUAAUCGGGGUGGGAUGUGCGGAGAGGUUCGCAUUCUAUGGCGUCAGCUCCAACCUCGUGACGUUUCUGAGCGGGCCGUUGGGGGAGUCGACAGCUACGGCGGCGGAGAAUGUGAACACGUGGUCAGGAACGGCGUCGUUGCUUCCCUUGCUCGGAGCCGUCGUCGCCGAUUCGUUUCUCGGUCGCUACCGCACCAUCGUUAUCUCUUCUCUGCUCUAUAUCCUGGGGCUAGGCUUGUUGAGUUUCUCGGCCAAGCUUCCCUCUCUCACUGGUUCUGAUUGCGGAAACAGCAGUCAGUUGACAUCAUGCUAUUCUCAGGUCCAAGUAAUAUUCUUCUACUUCUCUCUAUAUCUGGUAGCUGUAGGGCAAGGUGGAAACAAACCUUGCAUACAAGCUUUCGGAGCUGAUCAGUUCGAUGGACAAGAUCCAGUGGAGAGCAAAGCCAAAAGCUCAUUCUUUAAUUGGUGGUACUUUGGUAUCUGCUCAGGCUCCUUGUGUACGCGAUUGAUAUCAAGCUACAUACAGGACAACUUCAGUUGGGUUCUGGGAUUUGGAAUUCCUUGUAUUGUGAUGGCCCUUGGCCUAUUUGUUUUCUUGUCCGGAACAAGAACUUAUAGGUACAGCGUUGAAGGGGAUGGGAAAAGCCCAUAUGCCAGAAUUGCGAAGGUUUUUGCUACUGCAUUUAAGAAUUGGCGAACUACUCCUUCAGAGCCUCUUGCAAACCUGCCUCACCAAAGUUCAGAAAAAUACAAGUUCCUCAACAAGGCAUUGCUACCCGAUAGUGAUUUGAAGGAUUAUAACAAGGUCUGUACUGUCUCUGAGGUAGAAGAAGCAAAGGUUGUUCUUAGUCUAUUUCCUAUAUGGAGUACAUGCCUGGUAUAUGCUAUUGUGCUUGCACAGAUGUCGACUUUCUUUACCAAGCAAGGGGCGACACUGGACAGAGAAAUUGUAGCUGGCUUUGAGAUACCAGCUGCUUCACUUCAGUCUUUUACCAGCCUCAUUAUUAUUCUCUUCAUUCCUAUUUAUGAGCGUGUCUUUGUUCCGAUGGCAAGUGCUUUCACUGGAAAACCCUCUGGCAUUACAACGCUACAAAGAAUCGGAGUUGGGAUAUUUUUAGCUGCUCUUUCCAUGAUAGCUGCAGCUGUAGUUGAGAUGAAAAGGCUUGAAACUGCUCAAGAGUAUGCUCUGGUUGAUCUGCCACAUGUUACAAUUCCAAUGGGCGUGUGGUGGUUGAUUCCUCAGUACUUGUUGAUUGGAGUGUCUGAUGUUUUCUCGAUGGUUGGUCUGCAAGAGUUUUUCUACGAUCAGGUACCAAAUGAACUAAGAAGUGUAGGAGUCGCCCUCUACCUCAGUAUCUUUGGUGUGGGAAACUUUUUAAGCAGCUUUCUUAUCUCGGCCAUAGAGGAAGCAACCAGCGGAGUAGGCCGAGUUAGCUGGUUUUCCAAUAAUCUGAAUCGUGCGCAUCUUGAUUACUUUUACUGGCUACUCGCUGGACUGAGUGUAGUGGAACUGGGUGUCUUCACAUACUUCGCAAAAUCUUACCGAUAUAAGUAGGAGAGGUUGAUGAGGAGGCUUCCACUUAAUAACUCUCUUUCAGUUGCGCUUCGCAGUGAAAGGAUUUUAACUCCAAUAUUGACUAUUCUCAGUCGCUGCCACAUGAAAGGUCGGGAAAUGAAGAGUCUUAUUUGGAGAAGACUUUGGAAAGCCAAGGUGCUUGGGAAAGUCCAAAUAUGUGUUUGGAGGAAUGGAGGGCAUGUAACAACUUGUUACCUAUACGAGACCGGCUUCUUACAAAGGGCUAUGAGGGAGACUCAAUAUGCUUGUUGUGUAGGCAUCCAUUAGAAGACACUGCGCAUCUCUUUUGUAAGUGUCUGAUUGCUGUUGAAUUCUUCUCUACUCCUCCUUUUCAUCUUCAGAAUUCCUUUCUACCUAAUGUAGUUUUUAAGGAAUGGAUGUUAGAAAGAGCUUUAUACUUUUUUUUUUUUUGAGGAGGAAAGAGCUUUAUACUUGCAAGCUGAGGUGUUUGAGAGGCUUCUGAUGGGUAUUUGGUCGAUUUGGAAGAACAAAAAUAGUAUGUUAUGGGACAAUACCUCAAGACCAGCUGCUGAUCUUUUCCUAAGUGCCAUGACUUGGCUAGAUGAGUUUAAAAAAGCUCAAGCAUCUUCUGAGAUUAACCGGUCACAGGGGAUAGAACGAUGGCAACCUGCACAGGGUUCUUUAGUUAAGAUAAAUGUGGAUGGUGCUUUUCUGCCAUCACUUAAUCAUGGAGGCCUUGGGGGCAUAGUUCAGGACUCUAAUGGUCAGUUUAUGGGGGCAUUAGAUCACUCUGUGCCGCAUAUUUCUUCAGCCAAGCAAGCAGAAUUGCUAGCUAUAAGAGUAGGCCUGGAUCUUCUUCAACAAUUGCAUCUGGAUAGGGCUAUAGUUGAGACGGAUUGUCUUACUGUAGUCCAAGAUAUUGCAUACAAGAAUGCUGCACUCACCGAGUUUGGCAGCAUUAUAGAUGAUAUUCUAAUGCUAUUACGUAGCAUGCCGGAGGUGCAAAUCAAGUAUGCUCCUUGGAGUUGUAACAAAGUGGCUCAUCGUCUUGCUAGUAUUGGUUCUGAAUCACAUAAGAAUGAGACUUGGCUCACUCAUUCUCCUAGUUGCAUUGCUGAUGUACUACUCUAUGAUUGUAACCUUUUGAAUCAUUAAUAAAGUACCUUGCAGUUUCUUUCUUUCAAAAAAAAAAAAA